UCCCUUACCAAAAGAAGCAACUCUUUUUCCUAUUCUUCCUAUAUUCUCCAAAAGCACAAUCAUUUCAAAACACAUAAUUUCAUUUGUUAUUUCUUUUUGCACAAUGGCAGAAGUUGAGAUCCCUCAAUAUUUUGUUUGUCCCAUUUCGUUUCAGAUCAUGGAGGACCCUGUGACCACUGUGACAGGCAUAACAUAUGAUAGAGAAAGCAUAGAGAAGUGGUUGCUUAAGGCCAAAGAUUGUGUGUGUCCUGUUUCCAAACAACCCUUGCCGAGAAGCUCUCAAUACUUAACACCUAACCACACUCUUCGGAGGUUGAUUCAAGCUUGGUGUUCAGCAAACACUUCCAACGGUGUUGAUCGAAUUCCGACCCCGAAAACGCCUUUGAGCAUGGUCCAAGUUCAGAAGCUUCUCAAGGGUCUUGAGGUUCCUUGUUCUUAUCAAAAAUCAUUGGAGAAGUUGCAUGGCUUGGCUACAACUGAGAGGAACAGAAUCUGCAUGGCUGAGGCUGGUGUGGCUAAGGCCAUGAUCAAAUUGAUUAACAAGAGUUUCAAAGAAGGAAACACAAAUUUAAACAACACCACUUGCAUAGAAAAGGUUUUGAGAAUUGUUCAUGUUCUUUGGAGCAAUGAUCAAAGUAGCAUGAAAAGUACUCUAGUUGGGGAGAACAACUUGGACUUCAUCAACUCCUUGACUUGGAUUUUGAAGGUUCAUUUGGAUGACAACAACAUCAAGAUGGUGAACGAAGCAAUGCCCCUUUUGAAGUUGACAAUUGAAGUUGCUGCUGACUCAACCCUUUUGGGGAGUUUAGGCCUUGAAUUCUUCAAGGAAAUUGUGAGAGUUUUGAGAAAGAGAGCACUACUCUCUCAACAAGCCAUUAAAUCAGCUUUGUGUGUGCUUACAGAAACUAGCACUUCAGGUAGAAACAGAACAAGGAUUGUUGAAGCAGGUGCAGUCACAGAACUCAUAGAGCUUGAGCUAGAGAAGCCAGAGAAGAACAUGACAGAACUCAUAUUCAACCUUCUGGCACUCCUGUGUUCUUGUGCUGAUGGAAGAGAACAGUUUCUGCGACACGCCGCGGCCAUUGCAGUGGUUUCAAAGAGGGUUUUGAGGGUUUCUGCUGCCACUGAUGACAGAGCAAUUCAUGUGUUUUCAGUUAUAGCCAAGUUUUCAGCAUCAAAUGAGGUUGUUCUAGAGAUGUUGAGGGUUGGAGCUGUGUCAAAGCUUUGCAUGCUUAUGCAAGCUGAUUGUGCUUCUUAUUUGAAAGAGAAAGCAAGAGACAUCCUUAGGUUGCACUCCAAAGUUUGGAACAAUUCUCCUUGCAUACAAUUGUAUUUGUUCACUAGGCACCAAAGGUGAUCAAAGUCUAAUCCCCAACUACAUUUUCUAAACUAGCUAGAGUGAGGGACUUGUAUAUGAGAAAUUGUUGUAUGGUCUAGGAUUAGUAUGGUCCUAACCUAUCUAACAUAUAAUACAUUGUUGUUAACUCUUUUUUUAUAAAUUGAAAAUCUUAGAUUAUAUAUCGUAUCAUAUGUAAACUGAUCAGAAUCAUAAACACGGUCUGAGAUCAUAUAAUAAUUUAUUUUUUUAUAUA